AUGGGUGUAGUGGCGAGAGAAAAGUAUAUUAACAGCAUAGUGGAGUUUAAAACUGUAUCUGACAGAAUAACGACAAUGAACUUGGGUACUGAAGGGGUGCUACUGAAUGUGAUCAGUCUGUAUGCCUUACAAGUAGGAUGCGAGUUGGAGGAGAAGGAAGAAUUCUGUAACGAAGUAAAGGCAGUGGUUCAGAAAAGGAUAGUUAUGGGAAGGGAAAGCAGUGACCAUGUCGGAGAAGGAAAUAAUGAGCAUGUGAUUGGCAGAUACGGGGAGGGAGAAAGAAUCCUGGAAGGACAUUUGGUUAUAGACUUUGCUAAACGGAUGGAAAUGGCAGUAUCAAACGCCUAUUUUAAGAAAAGAGAAGGACUCAAAGUAACUUACAUGAGUGGGAAUAGGGGUGAGGAGGAAUUUAUGAACGUCGAAAAAGACAAGAGAAAGAAGGCUGAAGGACAGAGAAGUAGGAAAUCAAGAUGCACAAGAGAUCGGCAGAGAGAAGGUAAGGAAGGCCACGAGAAAGAUGUGUCUUUAUAG